AUGAUUAAUCACAGAAUAUCACACAUGAAUCACCAAAAUUAGAAAAGUUUGACUCUCAACCCAUUUCAUAAAAUAAUCAAUAAUAGAAUUAUCCAGAAAUGCCAUUAGAAUUCACAAUUAUACAAUAGUAAAAAUGACUAAGAAUAAAAUAUUGAAAAUGAUUUAUUAUAUAAAAAUAAGGAUAAUCAAUUACAAAAUAAUCUAAAUGGUUAUUUAAUUAAUGAGGAUAGCUAAGAACAAAAUUAAGAUAAUAAUUAAAUAUUUACGGAAAAUUAAUAACCAAAUAAUAAGGAUGCAAAUAGAUCAAUAAAUACUCAGGAUAAAGAUGAAAUAGUGAUAAAAAUACGGCGAGAAAUUUAAGAAAACACUAUGAUCAAUUAAGAGUAUCAUCCAUAAAAAAUAGAUUCAAUAAAUAACACUCUUUCAAGUUUUAAAUCAAAACCUGAGCCUAUACCUAAACCAGAGCCUGAGCCUAUACUUUAACCUGAACAUAUACUUUAACCCGAGCCUAUACCUAAAUCUGAGCCUAUACCUAAACCUGAGCCUAUACUUCCACCUGAGCCUAUACUUCCACCUGAGCCUAUACUUCCACCUGAGCCUAAUCCUUAACCCGAGCCUAAUCCUUAACCCGAGACGAUACCUGUACCUGAUCCAUUAGAGUUUAUACAGCGAAUAAUUGCUGAGACUUCUAAAAAACGAAAAGUAGCAGAUGAAUUUCAAUAUUAUAUCAGAAGAUUUUAGGAUAAAUUAGAAUUGAAAAAACAUUAUGGCCUAACAUUAAAAACAAGUGCAGAAUUAUAUAAAAAUUGCAAUGCAUUUAGAGAAGUAAGAGGAGAUGGUAAUUGCUUUUACACUAGUUUUGGAUUUUAAUUCUUAUCUAUUUUACUAUUUGAGUAUUCCUUAGACUAAUUUAAUGAUUUUUUUAAUAAAAUUAGACAAAUUGAGUUGCCAAUGAAAAUAUUUGUUCCUGGUACAGAGUUAAAAAUUGAUGAUAAAGAAAUAGAAAAAUACUUAUUAGAUGAAUUUUAACGUAGACUGACUAAACUAAAACUAAUAGAAGAUACAAAUUAAAGAGAAGAAUAAUUUCGUACUGAAUUUGCUGCCUAUGAAAAAUAAUCAAAAGAAAUAGAUGGAUUGUUAUAUGGAUUAUCAACUAUAUUUUUUAGAAAUUAUUCUAAUUACGUUGUCGAUUUUAGUGAUGCCAAAGAUGCAGUAUAUGAUAGAGAAAACUUAUUAAAUUGGGAAGUAGAAUGUAAUAGUAAUGAAGUUGUUAUUGCAGAAUUAGCUAAGCAAUUAAAUACUUUUGUUUAAUUAAUUUUUAUAGAAAAUAGUAACAAUAUAGUAAUUAGGGAGUAUGGAAUCAAUAAAAAUCAUAAAAUUAUAUUAUUAAUUAAGCCUGGACAUUAUAACAUUGGCUAUUUUUAGCAAAUAAAUGAAACAGAAAAUAGACAAGAUAAUAGUCAAGAAAAUUAAGUUCAAAUUGAAAUACCAUAAAAUAUAAACCAACCUCAACAUUCAAAUGAUAUCAAUAUACUUCAGCCUGUGAAUAGAAUUAAUGAAUUAGACACUUUAAAGCAUAUAAUUGCUGAGACCUCUUAAAAUAGACAAAUAUAAGACGAAUUUAAAUAUUAUAUCAGAAGAUUUUAGGAUAAAUUAGAAUUGAGAAAACAUUAUGGCCUAACAUUAAAAACAAGUGCAGAAUUAUAUAAAAAUUGCAAUGCAUUUAGAGAAGUAAGAGGAGAUGGUAAUUGCUUUUACACUAGUUUUGGAUUUUAAUUCUUAUCUAUUUUACUAUUUGAGUAUUCCUAAGACUAAUUUAAUGAUUUUUUUAAUAAAAUUAGACAAAUUGAGUUGCCAAUGAAAAUAUUUGUUCCUGGUACAGAUUUAAAAAUUGAUGAUAAAGAAUUAGAAAAAUACUUAUUAAAUGAAUUUUAACGUAGAAUGACUAAACUAAAACUAAUAGAAGAUAUAAAUUAAAGAGAAGAAUAAUUUCGUACUGAAUUUGCUGCCUAUGAAAAAUAAUCAGAAGAAAUAGAUGGAUUGUUAUAUGGAUUAUCAACUAUAUUUUUUAGAAAUUAUUCUAAUUACGUUGUCGAUUUUAGUGAUGCCAAAGAUGCAGUAUAUGAUAGAGAAAACUUAUUAAAUUGGGAAGUAGAAUGUAAUAGUAAUGAAGUUGUUAUUGCAGAAUUAGCUAAGCAAUUAAAUACUUUUGUUUAAUUAAUUUUUAUAGAAAAUAGUAACAAUAUAGUAAUUAGGGAGUAUGGAAUCAAUAAAAAUCAUAAAAUUAUAUUAUUAAUUAAGCCUGGACAUUAUAACAUUGGCUAUUUUUAAUCCGAAAAUAACUUAAAUUUCAAUGAUUAACAACCUUAAAAUCAAAAUGAAUAAUUAUUACUAAACAAUUAAUAAUAGUUAAAAGAAAAGUAAGAAUAUUAAUAAGAAGAGGAAAACUAAUAUUGA